AUGGCCUCCCUCCGUCCAGCAACCCGCGCCCUCCGCGCCGCCAUCCGUCCCACCACUUCAGUCCUCAGAACCGCCCGCCCCUUCAGCUCGUCCAAGUCCUCCCCCGACCCGGGCUCCCUCCCAAACCACGAACUCGAUGUCGGCGAGCUCCAGGGCGCAAAGUUCAAGAUUGAGCCUUUGCGUAGAGUAGGCGAAGAGCCAGACGUCAUGCGCGCCCGUCUUCUCUACCAAUCCCGCAAACGCGGCACCCUCGAAUCCGACCUCCUCCUCUCCACCUUCGCCGCCUCCCACCUCCCCAAGAUGACCCCCGCCCAACUCUCCGAAUACGACCGCUUCCUCGACGAAAACGACUGGGACAUUUACUACUGGGCCACCCAGCCCAACGUCUCCCUUCCCUCCGGCCAAACCCCCCCCUUGGAGGACAGAGCAGUGCACGAGUCCCCCCGACCCGGGGAGUGGGCGCAGACGGUGGGGACGUUCAAGCCCGCGUACCGGCCUGUGCCCAAGAGGUGGGAGGGGAGUGAGAUUCUGGCUUUGUUGAGGGAGCAUGUCCGGGUUAGGAGGGGUGAUCAAUCGGAGCAGGUGAAGGAGGAGCUGGGGCAUCAUGGGGAGGAGGGGCACAGGCAUAACGAGGUGGAGACGAAGGGGAUGCCGUUUAUCCCUCCCCUCGAUCAGUCCAGCUCAAAGGCGUACGUCCAAUCUUGGGGAGACGGGGGGGGGUGGGGGGUGAGGGGCCCCCUGUUUGGGUGUAAAACAAACCGAAAUAAAGAAGGAGGAUAA